GCCCCUUUCCUGCUGCAUCACAACAGUCUUUCGUGGUUCGAAUAGCACCGUAUCACUUUUUUGUGUUUUGUGUUGUGGGACUUGCGAAAUAUCCAUCACUUUAUCAGCAAACUGACAAAAUCAAGCGUAACACGCUGUAAACAGUGAGUGUCUGCGAGGGCCGAUUUGUGUAUCAAAGUAACGACAUCCGAAUCGCUGGGAUAUGGCCAGGCCAGAGCAGGUCCUGCUUCUAGAACCUCAACACGAACUGAAAUUCCGAGGUCCGUUUACAGAUGUGGUGACCACGACCCUAAAGCUUGCUAACCCCACAGACAGAAAUGUGUGUUUUAAAGUGAAGACAACUGCCCCGCGCCGCUACUGUGUGCGACCAAACAGCGGAGUGAUUGACGCCGGAACCUCAAUUAACGUCUCAGUGAUGCUGCAGCCAUUUGACUAUGACCCCAACGAGAAGAGCAAACACAAAUUCAUGGUGCAGUCUUUAAUUGCUCCACCUGACAUGACUGACAUGGAGGGAGUGUGGAAGGAGGCCAAACCAGAGGAGCUGAUGGACUCCAAGCUGCGGUGUGUCUUUGAGAUGCCAAUAGAGAACGAGAAAACGCACGAAAUGGACAGCAAUAAGAUGAUGUCCUCUAGUCUUUUGAAAUCUGAGUCAUCCACGUUGUCCAUGAAGUCAAUGGUGUCCAGUCUGGAUGACGGAGAGGUGAAGAGGAUUAUGGAGGAGUGUAAGAGACUUCAAAUGGAGGUGCAGCGACUACGGGAAGAAAACAAACAGAUUAGGCAGGAGGAUGAUGGCCUGCGAAUGAGGAAGAGUCCAGUGAUGGCAGCUCAGCAGUCCUCAUCUUCAUCAGUUACAGUGAAGGAGGAAGGCUUGAGCAUCAGGGUGAUUGCUCUCAUCGUCCUGUUCUUUGUCAUUGGUGUCAUCGUUGGCAAGUUGCUCUUGUAAAGGUUAAGGGAGCAGCAACAGCAUGCAUUGUGGAUGAAACUAACAAAAUGAAGUAACGGAUGCAGAAUUUGUUUGAUUGGAAUGCCAUAUCAUUUGGGUAGUGUUGGAUUAUUGAAAUAUUUAAAAUUAAAAGGAAAUUAAAUAAUUUUAUGUGCAAAGAAACAUUCAAGGGAAAGGACAAAAACUGACAGUUUCUGCCAUGAAAAAAAAACACAUUGACAUCAUUCUGGCCCUCUUUCACUGCUAUUUGACAUAGUUUGAAGCUGAUGAUUAAAAAGUCAUAUUAAGUUGUUCUAAGGAGGUUUCUAACCCCAGAGUGAAACAACAGUUAGGUGAAUGUUGAGUUGAUUCAUUUUUUUUUUCCCCCCAUGUAGGCCAGAAGUUGCAAGCUCAUAAUCUGUAGUAACACUAAAUGCUCUAUGAAAAGUGUUAACAUGCGCAUCCAUCCUUGAACUCACUCCUCUUUUAUGAAGUAAUUUAAAUAUAAGUCAGAGAGGAGGUUGGGAGUAAGUGCAGGGCAAAUGUUAGAAAAAGACAAAAAAACAAAAAAAAAAUACGCUUCCAAUGUUGAGCUUUGCACAGACCGAAUUUCCUGUUGUUACGAUUGAGGUAGGUGUUAUAUGUAAUAUUUCUUUAUCUUCUUCCUUUUGACAGUUGAUAGAUGCUUGAUCGCAUGUCUCCAACAAGAGCAAAAAAGAGUUUUACUUUGUUGCUUUUGUAAUUGAAAUUUUGGUUCAUUUCAGCCCUUUGGCACUGCUCAGUUUCAUUUAUGCGACAUGUAAACUUGUGAUAAUGUGAUAUUUAUGUUUUUAUUUGUUUUAGCUAUAUUAUAAUAAUGCAGCUACCCUGCCUAAGCUCUGGCAAAGCUCUAGGUUCAAAUUCACUAAAAGCUAUCCAGUUGAGGACCUCUUGCCUUGUGACGCUCAUCAGAAAACACAUCAUCAGGCUAACGGGUGACCCAUUCUCAAUCUUUCUUCCAACAUUAUGUGCAAUACUGGGCAAAUGUGCUACAGCAUUCAAAACCACCCAACUUCCUGAUGGCCUGUCCCAUGUACCGCUCAUGUGUUUUCAAGCCAUGCCAUCUUGGUUCUGUUUUUCAGACAAAUGCAUGGCUCAGAUUUGCCUUGUGAGUCGUUUGUAUUGUAUGUUAUACACUGGUUUAUCCUGCUGCGUUAGGCUUUAAAGACUCUCCUAACUAUCCUCUACCGUUUUACGCAAAAACUCUUUCUUUUCAUGCCCUCUGUUUUGUUUUGAUGAUUUGGAAUUAAGUUAUGAAUAAAGCUUUUAUUGCAUAGCUCUGUUUCUAUGAAAGAAAUGCACUGCAUCUGAAGAAUGUUUUCUCAGUAUCUUCCCAUAAAAACAAUUUGUUCUUUCACUUUUGCGCAGUAUUUGAGACAAGAACGAUGAUAUCUUAAAGAACAUCUACAGGGGACCACUUUGUGACCUGUUUUUUUUUCCCUCAUGGCUUUUUGUCUGUGGGAGGGUGUCCCUUUCAUCUUUUUCAUCCUUACUCCCAAAAUGCUACACUUUCAGUUUGUCAUCUCAUUUAUUCAGAUAAUUGGGUACUAAGAACAGAGGAGCUGAAAACUUUAACACUUUAAUUGUUUUGAGAGGUGUUCAGGGAGUAGUAGUAAUAGUAAUGAAUUUAUGACUGCAGUUUACUGUAGAGCUAUGGAAUAGGAGGGCUUUGGAGGCUGAUAAGCCAGUGAACUGGCUCAUGAAAACUCAAAGGAAAGUUUCCUACUGCCCCAAAUCUUCACCAUAAUAUAAACCAGAAGAUGACAGUUUUGUAUGUAUAUAAAUAAAUAGUUAAGUCUAAGAUGAAAAUAAAGAUUGAUAUUCCUAGUCAAGUAGUCUAUAAUGGUGUAAAAAAAAAACAAAACUCCCAACUUUGUUGGACUAUGUAGCAUCUUAAUAAAUUCAAUCAAUAAAGCCCCAGAUCUAACUCUC